AUGCCACCGCGGCCGUCCCUCCAGUCGCUGCUCCUCAUGGCCGCCUCCACCUCCACCUCCGCGGGCGCCGGGGGCUCGGGCCUCCUCCUCGCCGCGCGCCGCCGCUUCCCCGCCGCCUUCGCCACCGCGGGCGGCCAGCGCAUCCGCCUGCUCCACUCCUUCUCCUCCCGGACCCGCCUCCCCCGGCGGGCCGAGCUCGCCUGCUGCUUCGGGACCGCCCCCGCCGAGGCCGUGCCCGCCGCCGCCCCCGCGACCCCGCGCUCCAGGAAUGUUCGUUCGAUGGAGGAGAGAAGGGCCUGUGAAGAACGACUAGGGCAGGUAGUUGAGAAGAUGAAAAAGGAAGGGAUAGAUAUGAGCCAAUGGAGGCUUGGCACUUUUCAACGGACGAUUUGCCCACAGUGCGAAGGGGGCUCAACCGAGGAACGAAGCCUCAGCGUCUUCAUCCGGGAAGAUGGUACACAUGGAAACUGGACUUGUUUUAGAGCAAAUUGUGGAUGGAAAGGCUAUACCCAGCCUGAUGGAGUUUCGAAGGCGUACCAAGCAAAGAAGGACCCGGGAAAUGAAAAUGAAAGUGACCAGGAAGUCAAAGCAAAUCAGCCAGUCAAGGUUAUCAGAAAACUUCGUGAAGAGGACCUGCGUCUCGAACCUCUUUGUGAUGAGCUUGUGACAUACUUUUCAGAAAGAAUGAUAUCGGCAAAAACACUUCGAAGGAACAACGUAUCGCAACGUAAAAGGAAUAACAAGAUUGUUAUUGCUUUUACAUAUAGACGUGAUAAAGUCCUUGUUGGCUGCAAAUACAGGGAAGUCUCUAAGAAAUUUUCACAGGAGGCGAACACAGAGAAAAUUUUGUAUGGUCUGGAUGAUAUAAAGCAAGCACGCGAUAUUAUCAUUGUUGAGGGUGAAAUUGAUAAACUUUCCAUGGAGGAGGCUGGCUAUCGUAAUUGUGUGAGUGUGCCAGAUGGUGCACCAGCGCAAGUAUCAAACAAACUCCCGGAUAAAGAUCAUGAUAAGAAGUAUUCAUAUCUGUGGAACUGCAAAGAGUAUCUUGAUCCGGCAUCUAGGAUAAUACUGGCAACGGAUGCUGAUCCUCCAGGGCAGGCUCUUGCUGAGGAACUUGCUCGACGUCUUGGUAAAGAAAGGUGUUGGAGGGUCAAAUGGCCAAAGAAGAAUGAGACGGAAUUUUGCAAAGAUGCUAACGAGGUACUUAUGUUCUUAGGACCACAAGCAUUGAAAGAGGUUAUAGAAGGUGCCGAACUGUAUCCUAUAAGAGGUCUAUUCAACUUCAAAGAUUUCUUCCCUGAGAUCGACAGUUAUUAUCUAGGAAUUCAUGGGGAUGAGCUUGGAAUUCCUACUGGUUGGAAAUGUAUGGAUGGGCUCUACAAGGUUGUUCCUGGGGAAUUGACCAUAGUAACAGGAGUACCAAAUUCCGGCAAAAGUGAGUGGAUCGAUGCAUUACUGUGUAAUAUAAACAAUCAGGUUGGGUGGAAAUUUGUACUAUGCUCGAUGGAAAACAAGGUCAGAGACCAUGCCCGGAAACUAUUGGAGAAGCACAUUAAGAAACCUUUCUUUGAUGCCAGAUAUGGGGGUUCUGUGGAACGGAUGAAUCAAGAUGAAUUUGAAGAAGGCAAAGAAUGGUUGAAUGAGUCAUUCCAUCUGAUUAGGUGUGAAGAUGAUUGCCUUCCAUCCAUCGAUUGGGUUCUCAAUCUUGCUAAAGCUGCAGUUCUAAGACAUGGAGUACGUGGUCUUGUGAUUGAUCCUUAUAAUGAGCUUGACCAUCAGCGCCCCCCAAAUCAAACCGAGACAGAAUAUGUCAGCCAGAUCCUUACGAAGAUUAAGCGCUUUGCUCAACAUCAUUCAUGUCACGUAUGGUUUGUUGCGCACCCUAGGCAGCUUCACAACUGGACCGGCGCACCGCCUAAUAUGUACGACAUCAGUGGAAGUGCGCAUUUCAUAAACAAAUGUGAUAAUGGUAUCGUCAUACACCGGAACAGGGAUCCAGAUGCUGGCCCUGUGGAUGUCGUGCAGGUCUGUAUGAAGAAGGUUCGGAACAAAGUGAUUGGGCAAAUAGGGGAUGCUUUCUUGACCUAUGACCGGGUUACUGGUGAAUACAAGGAAGCCGACGAGGCCAUUGUAGCAAAGGUGGUGAAGCAGCAGAUUCGUCAGAAAUCGACGACAAGUUACCAACGCUGA